AUGAACAUAAAUAAUGAAGCAGUUCCUCCCUCCAAACGAUCAUCGCUAUCAUCACGUGCUAGCAAAAUCCCGCAAAGUACAACAAGCGCUGCGCCAAUUCAUCAUGAUCGUAUUUCAACGCGAAUAAGCCAAAUGCUGUUUAGGCAGCGCACCACAAGCGAAACUAUCAUUAAAAAUUUUACACAAAAUGCAGAUAUGUCAACUUAUUCUUUGUCGCUAGGAAGAGAAUCAAACAAUCAGCCUUCUCGAAGCUUAGAUAUCCACCCACAAAAGGUAAAAACAGAACAACAAAUAAGAAGCAACAACAAGCAUUUGUCUAUCUUGCCUAACAAGACCGAUAAUCAAAAUGGUCUUACAACACACACUCCUUACUCGAUAUCCUCUCCUGAGAGAACUGGCUUUCUUUCGUAUUAUUAUCCUAAAGACGAAUUAAACACGAAUACCCUUUCUUUUACAGACUCGUCCAUUUCCUCACUGGCUGAAUCGAUGCUCAAUGUUCAUAUUACUCCACCUUCUUCACCUAUGAAAUCGAUUGAUGCAAAAACUCCUAAUUCUGAGGUACCUGUGGCAACAACAAUCAAAGACUAUGCAGCGAGUGUAAUUGAUCGCUGCUUCUGCUUGUUGGAUUUAUUUAACUCGUCAGAGCAUGAAUUUACUUUUGCUCACCUUCGUGAACUAGAGACAAUUGGAAUUGAACGUCUUGGAAUUUUAAUUGAGGCAUGCGAUGAAUCGUUUUGUGCAGAGAAAGUAGCAAAGCUUCGAUAUCAACUUAAAAAAGUUCAGGCUAUGAUUCAGAACAACACUUAUCAUCCCGUCUCAAAUGCUGACCUGAAGAAUCAAGCUUCUUUUGUUAAAUUGCUGCACAUUUGCCAAGAAUGUUUUUUGUUAUCUAAAGAAUCACCAUCGUUAAGCUGUGCUGAUAUAGAUGGCUUCAAAAAAGAAACACCUAAAAUUGAUUGGACUCGGUUAUCUAGCGAAGACUACAAAAAAGCAAAACCCGACCAGAUUAACAUGAAUGCAACUUGGUUUCGACAUUAUUUUGUUGGAAAGCCAUAUUAUACAUUUAUUGGUCCACUAAACGAACCCUCUGGCGAUUCAGGUAUAGCAAUAGAAGACAAAAAAAAGUUACAACCUUUACCCAAGAGGCGAAACAGUAAAUCUUUGAUCAACACAUUUUUAAGCAGCAGUCAUGAUUUAUCUGAUGCUUACGCAAAUAGCCAAGACCUGAAUCGCUUUAACGGUAUCAUCUCGGUCAUUCAAGAGCGCACUAAGAGUAGUAAUAUAUCUAAAAACAGCAAUUCUGCUGGUCCUUUUGUUGAAUCACAAUAUCGCGUUAUCAUUCGGAGUAAAGAGGCAGAUCUAGCAAGACAUAUUGUGAAUGAAAGUACAGCAAAAGAAACAUUACACCAACUGGAAUUGAGGGGCGAAAGCUAUAGAAUAGACAAAGCACAAACCAGUAACGACAAGAGACUCCGUUCCUUUAUGAAUAAGAAUAUCCAUGCAAAUGAAAAUAUUAGUUCUCGAAUGUUACGUGCUGCUGUUUUGUCAGUUUGCCCAAAUAUAGACCUAAGGUUAUUUAAGGAACUGUCGGCUGAAUCUACUAUUAUGGCAGGACUUGAGAAGGACUUGUUAAAAUAUGACGAAAUUCAGAUUCCGAAACAUUACAAGUUUGGUGUAUUGACAAUCAAGGAUAAUCAGCCAUAUGAAGAAGCAUGGUUUUCUAAUACAGAGGUAUCAACUAAUUUGAAGGAUUUUUUAAACAUCAUUGGGCAAAAAAUCGAACUCAAGGGCUAUACUGGAUAUGGUGCUGGACUUGAUAGAAAAACUGGUGAAUCUGGUAAAUAUUCAUUUGUAUCAAAAUGGAAUGAAUUCGACAUCAUGUUCCAUGUCGCUCCAUUGAUGCCCAUACAGAAGAACGAUCGGCAGCAAGUAAUGCGAAAGAGAUACAUCGGCAACGUCUUGAGAAACAGCAAUGUCAAUGACUUUGGCCCAGCUUUGCCUAGUCCACCCAUAUUUCAUGAUUAUGAUACCCUAAAAGAAUUCUUGACAUUAAAACUGAUCAAUGCCGAAAAUGCAUCUCUCAAGUCUAACAAAUUCCGAAUACCAAAUAAUAAAGCUAGAGUAGGACUUUUAUCAACCCAUAUUCAAACUGGAUUAGCAUUUCAUCAGCCUCAAGUCCUAAGAUCAGCAAGCACAAAUCGCCUUGUUCCAAGCAAAUCCUCUUCGAUACCAAAAGAACUGAAAAAGGCGCAAAGACCUCGGUCCGUAAAUGAUAAAGUAACUUCAAGGGGUGUUCUAAACAGUGGAACAUCUCGCUUGUUACAAGAGGCUAUUUUGGAUGAGGAAAAGAGAAAAAGAACAACUAUUGGAAGCACAGAAAUACCACCUAUGCCGUCUAUUUCUCGAUCUACAUUAUUGCAGGAUUUCAAAAAGGGCAUUGUCUCGAGCUCAAAGAAAUUAAAAGAAGCAGCUACUGGUAGCGAAAAACAAUUGAUUCGAAAGUCAAGUCAGCUCAAAGUCAGCAGUAAACCAGUUACAAGUCAUUCACUUGAUAUUGUUGAUGAAAAUAGUGCUGAAACUAACAAGGGUAAUAUAUUAGUAAUAGAUCAAGAAAGAUUGAUGCUUAUCAUGGAUGAUUAG